AUGGCAGCCAAACAAUGGAAGCAUAGCAAGGAAUUGAUUAAGGACAUUAAAACUAAACAGGAUAGAUACGUCACAAAGUAUAAGAAAGAGAUAUGCAAUUCAAAACCUCGUGAUUUAGUUAUGCAAUUAGAAGAGAGUGAUCUUACAAAAUUAUUCCAACAUGAACAGAACAUCGUUCAUCAAUAUAAAACUAUUAAAUCUUUGAAAGAGUCACUUACAGAAAAGGAUGCAGUAAUUCACAUGGACUUCUCAGAAAACUACACAACUAAAUGCAACCAAGAAAUUCAGUCGUAUCAUUUUGGCGGCUCCAGGACUCAAAUUUCUUUGCAUACAGUGGUGCUUUACACAAAGGAUAAAGUAACAUCCCAUUGCACUGUGUCUUUAAAUUUAUCUCACAACGCUGGAGCCAUUUGCGCACAUUUACAGCCUAUCCUCUUAGGAUUGCCAUCAUCUGUAGAAAACCUGCAUUUUUUGAGUGACGGUCCUAUAACCCAAUAUAGAAAUAAAACAAUGUUUUAUAUUUUGGGUUGCAGAAUCCAAGAUUUCUAUCCACUGGCUAUAAAAUAUACGUGGAAUUUCCAUGAGGCGGGACAUGGGAAAGGGGCACCUGAUGGAAUUGGAGCUACAUGCAAACGCUCUGCAGACCAACUCAUAGCUCAGAGAGGUGACAUUACGAACUUGUACGAAUUUGUAGCUGUGCUUCGAGAAAGGUGUCCAAAUAUAAAUAUCUCUGUUAUCGAAGAUGUCGACAUAGAAAAAGUUAACAAAAUGAUCAAGGAACAUGAGAAAGAGCAGAAACCGUUUGGUGUAAGCUUCAUGAGCAGCGCCGGCUUUACUUCUCCAGACAACUGGGGCGAAAAUGAGGCGCGGGGCCCCUUAGUGCGCAUCGAGUGUCCGAUUGGGUAG